AUGAUGUGGUCCAACUUUUUCAUGCAAGAGGAGGACCGGCGGCGGGAGGCUGCGGGCCGGCGGCGGGCUCAGGGGCAGCACCAGCUGACGCCGGAGCUGGAGGGGAAGAUCAAGCUGGGGCUCCUGCUGAGCGCCGUGGGCUCCACGCUCGCUGUGCUGGCGGUGGGCACCGAGUUCUGGGUAGAGCUCAACACCUACAAGACCAAUGGCAGCGCUAUCUGCGAUGCUGCCCACCUGGGGCUCUGGAAGAUGUGCACCAAGCGACUGUGGCAGGCCGACGUGCCCGCGGGCAGAGACACCUGCGGCCCCGCAGAGCUGCCUGGAGAAGCAAACUGUACCUAUUUUAAAUUCUUUACCACGGGGGAGAAUGCACGCAUCUUCCAGAGAACUACAAAGAAAGAGGUAAAUCUGGCAGCUGCAGUGAUAGCAGUGCUGGGCCUGGCAGUCAUGGCCUUGGGGUGCCUCUGUAUCAUCAUGGUGCUCAGCAAAGGUGCAGACUUCCUACUCCGAGUUGGAGCCGUCUGCUUUGGCCUCUCAGGUCUGCUGCUCCUGGUCAGCCUGGAGGUGUUCCGGUAUUCCGUGCAAGCCCUCCUGCAGAGAGUCAGCCCUGAGCCUCCCCCGGCCCCCGCCCUGACCUAUGAAUACUCCUGGUCCCUGGGCUGUGGUGUGGGGGCCAGCCUGGUUCUGCUGCUGGGGGGAGGCUGCUUUCUCCUGCUCACCCUGCCUCCCUGGCCCUGGGGCUCACUCUGCCCCAAGCAGGGGCACAGGGCCGCCUAGAGCCACCACUGUGCCUUCUGCAAACUCCUUCUAAACCUUUCCUUUUUCCCAUUUUAUGCCCCCAAAUCUGCCCCCCC